AAAAUGGUGUUCUUUCUAGUUUAUUACUUUAAUUAUACGUUAUAUAAUAUAGUAAAGGUGAUCCCCAUCGCAAUAUUGGCACUAUAUUUCUUACCAAAGAUAGGUGUUUAAAAAUUGAUAUCUUCUAUUUUAUCGGAAUCCUUUUAGUGUCUAUAAUAAAAUUAGCAAAAUAGCUCCAUUACAAAUCGUAAAAGAUAAUUUACGAUCCUAUUACCGUAAAAAAUAAUUUUUCUGUCCGUAGACGAAUUUGAUGGAGAAGUUAAAGGAAGAGCAAGAAGAAAGACUCUGUCUGGCUGGCUUGCCUCUACGCCACUAUUUGAUGAAGUACGUGUUUCCAACGUUGACGCAGGGACUCAUCGAAGUUGCAAAUUUACGUCCCGACGAUCCUGUAGACUUUCUCGCUGAAUAUUUAUUCAAAGAAAAUCCAGAGGGGAAAAUGUUCGAGCCAGAAUACACAAACGCGAUGGCCUCGGUUUUGGAAAUGAUCGACAAGUACGGCAGCUUCGUUCUUCCCGAAGAAGAAAUCAGCGACAAAAUGUUUGAAUUUUUGAAACGGGAGCGCAGCAAGUCGGAAGAAGUGAUGGAUAGUAGCGAUAUAGACGUGUGCACGAGUCGGAAGACCCGUAUCACACCUUGCUUCACGUAUGAAGACACGGACACGUACGAGGGAGAAGGAGAAACCGAACAGACAAUAUCCGAGCAAAUCUAUGACAAGGAAGAUUGACGGAGUUCGAACGAGCCGGACAGUUCCUCCCGAAGGAUCUGGACGUUAGGUCGCAUCGCAUGGCAAUUAAUUAAUCUACACGUAGUACGACAAUGACAAUAUUUGACUGCCAUCGUAACCCGAAGUUCCUGUAACCUGUUGAGCUUUACAUACUAAUACCCUACGUCUCUCUUGAAUCUGUUUAAGAAGACAUUUACGUAGUGUGAUGACUGGACUGUGGAUGUUUAUGCAUUCAUAGGAAAUUUGAAUAUUUGAAAAUGUACAGGAUAGACGUAAAUAUACAGAAUAUGUAAAGCAAAGAAUUUCACCAUGUUUAGAUGACGAAAUAAAUAUUUAUUUUGGUUUUAUUCAUAUAUCUGUCUUCCUAAAGAUACAAAUUUGCAUAAAUAUCUACAGUUUAACGAUCGGAAUAUUUGUUUACAAUAUAUGUUAAUUACUAUAAGUGGGAACAAGAAAGAGUUUUAUGUUGUGACCAUGUCAUGACUCAAAGUACAUUUUGAUGUAAGUAUAGAAAUUGUCGAUGCAGCAGAUAAGUAAUGUUUUACCAACACUCAAAUUUAUGCCCAUAUAGCAACAUAAAUAAACAUUUUAUUUCGAAGUCUGUUAUAUUGAUUUCAUUCUGACAGCAGCAGAUAUAUUUUAUUAGUUUAAUACUGAUAUCCUAAGAAAGGGUUUAUGAA